GUUGGCACAAAGGACGGUUCGAGAUAGCUUGUGGCUUACUUCCACGACCGCUAUUUGGGUUUUCAAUAAACACUUGUAAUUUUUGAAACUCGUAUAGAGCGAUAGCGUAAACCUGCUAAAGAAUGCCUCGUCUGAAUGAUGAUGAUGAUGCGCGCCGACCGAUCCUGCAACCGGACACGGACACCGACGAACCAACAGCAGUAAGCGGAUCGCUGGCCCGUCUUGGCCGUCAGAGUGACGACGACGAGCUGAACGAACGGCUCACGGGAUGCGGUGCCAGCGCAUGUUGCAAUCCGUCCUCGUUCCUCCACCGCUUCCAGGCCCUUAUCUUGAUGUGUCUGGUCGGCUUUGGUUCGUACUUCUGUUAUGAUAAUCCCGGCGCCCUGCAGGACACGUUUAAGUCGGAUCUCGGUCUUACGACCACCCAGUUCGUGAUGCUGUACUCCAUCUACUCAUGGCCCAAUGUGAUUCUCUGCUUCAUUGGAGGAUUUCUGAUGGACCGCGUGUUUGGAAUUCGGCUCGGCACGAUCAUCUACAUGUUCAUUCUGUUAAUCGGUCAGCUGAUUUUUGCGAUGGGCGCUACUAUCAACAUGUUCUGGCUGAUGAUCGUCGGGCGCUUCAUGUUUGGCAUCGGUGCGGAAUCAUUAGCCGUAGCGCAAAACAGCUAUGCGGUACUAUGGUUUAAGGGCAAGGAGCUGAAUAUGGUUUUUGGUUUGCAGUUGUCUUUUGCUCGAGUCGGUAGUACAGUCAACUUUCUCGUUAUGGUCCCCAUCUAUAAGUACGUCAAGAGCUUGGGCUACCAGGGGCAUAUGUGCACUGGUGUGGUGCUGCUGCUCGCCACGCUCACAUGCGUGAUGUCGAUGAUUUGCGCUUUGAUUCUUGGCUGGAUGGAUCGUCGGGCAGCGCGAAUCCUGCGACGCAAUGAUGCUGCUCCUGGCGGUGAGGUAGCUAAGCUGUCAGAUGUGCGUACGUUCAAGGUGUCCUUUUGGAUGGUGACCGUGAUUUGUGUGGCCUACUAUGUGGCGAUCUUUCCAUUCAUCGCGCUGGGAAAAGUGUUCUUUAUGCGUAAAUUCGACUAUUCAUCCGAAGACGCUAAUACAGUCAACUCGAUCGUGUACAUCAUAGCUGCUGUGGCCAGUCCUUUGUUUGGGUUGUUAGUCGAUCGUACCGGACGCAACGUGCUUUGGGUGUUUCUGUCCAUCCUCGUGACUAUUGUGGCGCACGGCAUGCUCGCAUUUAGCUAUCUGAACCCGUACAUCGGCAUGAUUACAAUGGGUCUGGCGUACUCCAUGCUCGCUUCCAGUCUAUGGCCACUUGUUGCGCUUAUCGUGCCGGAAUAUCAGCUUGGAACAGCGUACGGAAUAUGUCAAUCUGUGCAGAAUCUUGGUCUUGCCGUGAUUUCGAUGAUUUCGGGUAUGAUCGUUGACAAGGGUGGCUACUUCAUGCUGGAAAUGUUCUUCAUCGGAUGGCUCAUUGUUUCUCUAUUGGCCACAAUCGUGAUCUGGAUGUAUGAUGCAAGCAACGAUGGAUUGUUGAACAUGGGUCCGGCAGCUCGAUCGCUGUAUGCGAGCAAAACCUUACAUAACAUGUCUGUGGAACCAGGAAGGUCGCAGAGUGAAACGGAUAACCUGUUCGAACGAGAACAUCGUGGAGCAGAUCCCGAAGCAAUACGUAAUCGGUACGUAAAUCGCGUGCUGGAUGGCACACCAACCCAAAGCGAUACGGAACCAUUGGUUGAAUGAGGACUAACAAAUGGGGUUUUCGCGGAUUCUGCUUUAAGAUGAAAGUUAUGCGAUCAUAGCUGUGGCAACAAGAUACGGUAGAAGAUCAUUCCAAUUUGCUGGAGGCUGUGUGUGUUUGUCUGCAUGUUAAUUCGUCUAUGUGUAUAAGGCUAUUCUAAUUGUUUUAGAUGUAUUUUACCAUGAUUAUUUUAACAUAACCGAUGAAGGAAUGGAGUGUUAGGAAAGGGUACACUAGGAACGGCCGAAGCGUAUGCAUUCUUGGUUGUAUAAUUGCUAAGAAUGUUGAGCUUUAAGCAAAUCGCAGAAGUAGAUAAUGGAAGGAAAUAAGAAAAAGUCGAUUGACCGGCCACGGGCAUCAGAAUUAAGCUUGAAAGUAGAAGAUCGAAGUAUUAAUGGCUAGACGGAGAGAUUGAUCCAAUCAAUCCAUCUCAUUCUAUUAUCUAUGGGCAUACUUUAUCGGAUUGCUAUCUUCCCUUUGUUAGUGAGUUAUUACCACAAAGUGUGCCAACGUUGCCAAAAGAUAGCUAAAACCUGGCAAAAAAUAUAUACAUAUUCCAACCAUAUUGCAAGGGAAAAUUUCGAAUAUAGAUAUUGAUGUUAUACAAAUGUUUGAACGAGUUGCCGUCACAACGGGAAGCACAAUAAAACACUGGUAUCGUAGAAUACUACGGAACGUGAAGCUACAAUGCGAAAUGCAUCUAUAAAAACAUAUCUCACCUAGGUCUGCUGGGGUUAACUGUGAACUAAAUAUCAAUUCUUGCUAUGGAAGCGAGCAUUUACUACAAGGAAACAAAUAAAAUGUUA